CAAAAUAACUAUGAUACUGGGAUCGAAAUGUGAAUAAACAAUACAAAAUGCAAAGAAACCUAAUAUCAAUUGAGAAAAAAAUGUGUAUAAAAGUACAAUAAAAUAAAGUUGUUAUGAUUUAUUCUCAUGAGAUUCUUCGACCUGGAACGUUUGCCAAAUGGUGUACUUUAAUAAAAAAAGAAGAACGAAAGAUGCAAUGGCAAACUUUGAAAAAAGAAAGAAAAAAAGAAAAAGAAAGAUAGACAGAUAAAAGUAUACUGUUCAACAUAUGGAUGUUUUGAUAUCAGCGUAUUCUGCGUGUGUCCUUGCAAUUAUCAUUUUAUCAACUUUACUAAAUGCACUUUUAAUCUAUAUAAUUAUUUACAAGAUCAAAGUGACUAAGUUGCCGCACGUUUUUAUUCUAAGCAUUUCAAUUUCCGACGUAAUUCAUACUUUAAUUGGUUAUACAGCAGAGGUUUGGGUGUUACAUGAAGUAUACUCUUUGAAAAAGAGUUUUAUUUGCAUUGGAGCUUCUUUCCUAAUGGUUUUUAUUACAGUGUCGAAUAUUUUACAAACUGUUAUAAUAUCAAUCAUGAAAGUAAUUGCAAUAAGGUGGCCCUUUUUUUACAUUAUAUAUUGUAAAACGAUAAAGAUGAAAAUAUUAUUAUUGUUUUUUUGUUAUUUUUAUGGAUUUUUAUGGCCUUUUAUUCCGUUAUUUGGAUGGUCAAAGUAUGAAUUAGACUUGGAUAAAAUGCGAUGUUCGUUUGAUUGGAAAUUGAUACAUUCGGGUUCAUUGUCAUAUCUAAUAGUUUUACUUUCAUUUUGCUAUAUUUUACCUAUCGUUGCAUUGGUUUUUGCCUACAUUGCAAUAAAGAAAACAGUUUCCGAUCGCUGCACUGUUAAACGAGCUCAACUAGGUAAAAAUAGAGGUAUACAAGAAAUGUUUUACUUAAAGUUAGCGUUAUGGUCUGCGAUUUUAUACUUUAUAAUUUGGACCCCAUAUGCUGGUGCCAGUUUACUUUCAGUUUUCAAAAUAAAAUCUCCAAAUGUUAUAUAUACCCUCUGCGCAUUAUUUUCUAAACUAUCAGCAGUAUCAAAUGCAUUGAUGAACUGUUAUUUUAAUAAAUAUUUUCGAAAUCAUCUUAAAAAAAUCAAACUUUUUCAAUACUUUAUAAAAUGGAACAGAAGAAGUAACGAUAAAGUAUUAUAA